AUGCAGUCACCGAUGGGCUCACCAAUGGGUUCAAGUCUAAUGCUGGAUGAAAGAACUACACCAAUGAUGGAACUGAGCCCGCCAGGCAUGCAUGAUCCAUGCAGUGAGGCUGGUAGCUUGCCGAAUAUCCAUGGAAUGCCACAACAGCCUCCACAGUUCUAUCAUCAAACCAUAGGGCAACGCCAUAGCACUGGCGGUGCACUGGUAGGCGCAACUCGCCUAACUCCAGCAACAGCACGAACACCCGAGAGUCAGUCAGCACCAACGUCUCCAGCUAACAAUUUAGACCCAUCACAGCAUUUGCAGUGGCCAGGCACUCGGACGUUCUCAAACUCACCGGAGUCAUUAGACAUACCACGGCUGGUGCUAACAAAUCCUGAAGGAACGAAUGGACCUCAUUUGGAAUGUUUCAACGAUUUGGAACAUCUAACACUUGAUGCAAAUGAUAUGCAAAUUCUGUGUAAUGGUUCAGGAAAUGGUAAUCCAGUGCAGCAAGUGAGUAUUGGCAAUGUUUUUCUGUCCAUUUGUCCUUUAAGCUUAUAUAACAUCCACUAUUGUUGAAG